GUUGACCCAUAUCGCAAGCACCUCCUCGACCAUGCUGGCGCUCAGCAGCUCUGGUUUAGCAGGCGUGAGCACAUCGUCGGCAUUGGGCGAGGAUGAGAAGUCGUGUCAACUCUGGAGGCUAACUCAACGGCUGCAAUACCGUGCAAGACCCAGCCGGGCGCUGCAGGACCUGAAGACUGUGCGGAUGCUACUGGAAGCGGAUGAAGAACCUCUACCGUUCAAUGUCCAAAAUCUUCAGAACGUGUCGGCUCAGGUAAGCUGCCCUGCUGUUACUUGUACCACCGGUAGCAUCAACUUUGAGAUUCUUGCUGGAUCCAUCUUUCUUACCCUUUUUCUGGCUCUGAUCAUUUUGUUUCGACUGGUGUUUUGGUAUCAGACUGGGAUUGGAAAAGGAAGCAGCAAGGGUGUAGAUGCACGGCGGCUUGGGCAGGGACCAGUGCCAUAUGGAAUCAAUGCCCACGACAUCCACCCUUUCAGAAACCUUCCCGACGAGGCUGCCAAGGCUCAGUUGUUUCAGGAAGGGGAUCGCCAUGCGUCAACCGAACGCGCACGUCUGGGGCUUCCGGCGCCAGUGAAUGCUGGAAUUCCUGCAGCCGUGGCGGGAGGCGGACCGCAUGUCAAUCUUCCUCCUGCAGGUGGAGCCAGACAGGACAUUGCAGGAGGUGGGGCAGGUGGAAAUGCAGCACUUGUAGCUGCGCUGAACCAGCCUGGCGGAGUGGAUGUCGACGACUCCAAGGUGGACGACGCCAGAACCUUGGCGAUUUCAAGAGACGAGGAAGGCAAUCGAUUCAAAGACUUCCGUUCAGGGGUCCAAGAAUGCAAGCAGUGCGAUUUCACAGACUGGCCAAUUGGAGGUCCGCGGACCGCAAAGCAUGUGGUGUUGGAAAUGGUGAAUCAUGCCGGAUCGGCGCUAGCCCAUCACCAGGCAUGGCGAGUUGCGUGCAAGUUUCAGCCUUCAGAUGGACCGGCAGUCGAGCACGAGGGCCUAUGCAAGAUCCUCCACACCAUGCUGACGUACGACCAGCUGGACAUUUCAAAUUUGGCCAGUGCAGAACUCAUCGCAAGAGGCAUUCAAAGGAUCGAGGAGAAGCACAAGUUCAAACUGCAGGCAUCCGACGACUCUGGAGAAGGUGCGCUGUUCAUGGGCGCAAUGGGCGGAGCACGGAUUGGUUCAGUGGUGUCCCCAAAACUCACGGAGUGGGUUGGAGGGGAGCUCCAAAAGGAGGCACUGGUGGCGAAAGAACGUCGCAAAGCACGGGAGGAGAGGAACCUGGCCAGGAAGUCAGCUGGAAAAGAUGGAGACAAGGACAAGUGA